UCUCGACAGCCCAAAAAAUAUCUCAGUAGACUCGCUCCGUCACCGCGGCGGAGUUUCUCCGUCGUAUUCUACCGGUGCCCUCCUGUGCCCAAAAAAUCCUCUUGGUCUGGCCGCCGCGCCUCAUUUCCACCCAUCUAGAGCGGCAGCAGCCCUCGCCGGUCCUCGCCGUCGACGAGGUCCGCGCCGGCCGUCGUCCCUACCCCGGGGUCCCCGGCUACAUCGAUUUGGGGAUUUCUGAUUUGGUGUGGGGAAGAGGGGAGUCCGGCGGGGAAAAGGUGCAGGGCGGAGAGAAGACAAUUCCUUACCGGAGGGUCCUUCAAUUCAUGCUAAACUUUAGAGCAGAUUGAGAUGACUUCUUCUCCGUUCUUCUCCAUGCUUGGAUUUUUCAGAUAGAUAGAGAUGAGUUCUUCUCUGUUCGCCGCGAGCGCCAUGGAGGCUCCGAUGAGCUCUUCCCUGGGUGCCAUGGGCCCCCUUCUCAGGAAGCUGCAUGCGCUGCUGGCCCCCGACUACCGGCUGCCCAAGCCACUGAAGCACGGAAUCGAGCUCCUCAAGGAAGAUCUCGAAGAAUUAAGCGCCGACCUGUUGGAGCAGUCAAUGGCGGAUACCCCCAACCACAAGGCAGUAUACUGGAUGGAUGAGGUGCGUGAACUUUCCUAUGAAGCAGAGGACUGCAUCGACGACAUGAUGCUGAGGCACACCGGCGACGGCGCCAAGACCAGACCCGUCCGCAGCCACAGGGUCAGUCGUGUCAAGGUGUCUCGGCUUUUCAAGUCGCUCAAGCCGUCCACAAGGGUUUCCAAGAUCGCAGAGCUCAGGACCCUGGUGCUGGAGGCAAGUGAACGGCGUGAGAGGUAUCAUCUUGAUGACUGUGCCUCGAGUUCUAGCCGUGUGUUCACUGGGCACAAUCGGGUUCCAGGCCUAUAUGGACAGCUGACGGGUUUCCUUGUUGGUGUCGAUGACCUGAAGAUUAAGCUUACCAAGUGGCUUACUGAGGAUGCUGAUCAGCAACUGAAAGUGAUGUGUAUAGAUGGACCUGCAGGGGUUGGCAAGACCACGCUGGCGAAACAGCUGUACCGUGAGCUUGGAGAGCAGUUUGACUGCUGGGCUUUUGUGCGGGCAUCGCGGAUGUCAGACACAAAGAGACUACUCGGGGACAUCCUCUCUCAAGUUCAGCGUUGUCGACUGCCCUCUUAUUCCUGCGAGGUGCAAAAUCUCAUUGACAAUCUCAUGAAAUAUCUCCAAGAUAAGAGAUACUUUAUAGUCAUUGAUGAUCUGUGGGAAACAACAACAUGGGAUAUUGUUAAAAGCGCUUUUCCGGAUGGUAAAAAUUACAGUAGAAUAAUAACAACAGCAGAAACUGACAGUGUAGCUCUGGAAUGUUGUGGUUAUCAGUCUGAUAAUAUUUUGAAAAUGAAACCCCUUGGCAGCCAUGCCUCUGCAGAAUUGUUCUUCAGUAUUGUUUUUGGCUCUGAACAUCGGUGUCCUGAUCAAUUGAAGGAAGUUUCAGAUAGAAUCAUUAGAAAGUGUGGUGGUUUGCCACUAGCAACCAUCUGUAUUGCUGGUCUCUUAGCAAGUCAGAUGGAUAACUCUGAGCUAUGGCAUCAUCUGCAGAAAUGUUUAUGCUCCAAAUUAAGUACAAGUCCUACUUUGGAAGAGAUGCUGAAAGAAGUACUAAACCUUAGCUACAGUAGUCUUCCUUAUUAUUUGAAGACAUGCUUGCUGUAUCUUACUAUGUAUCCGGAGGGGUACACGAUGUGGAAGGUUGAUUUGUUGAAGCAAUGGAUAUCUGAAGGUUUCAUUACUGCAAAGGAAGAAAAAGAGGUAGAGGAAAUGGCAGAUAGCUAUUUUUAUGAGCUUGUCAACAGGGGAAUGAUCCAACCUGAGCAAAUUAACCAUAAUGAUGAGGUGUAUUCCUGUACAAUGCACCACACUGUACGUGAUCUUAUUAUGUACAAGUCCAAAGAAGAGGAUUUUAUCACUUCCAUAGAUUAUUCAAAAGCCAUCACAGGAAAUUCUAAUAUGGUCCGUCGACUUUCUCUCCACUUUAGCAGUGCCAAAUAUGCGACCAAGCCAUCAGGUGUAAUACUGUCGCAAUCGCGAUCACUUUUCUUUUUUGGACUUCUCAGAUGUUUGCCUUCUGAUGUGGAGUUUAAGUUGCUGCGAGUUCUGACCCUUGAGUUUUGGGGUAACCAAUAUGGGCAUACAAGUCUCAACCUCACAAGAAUUUGCAGUUUGGUUCACCUCAGAUAUUUGAAGAUUUCAUGCGAUAUGAUUGUAGAACUACCAGCCCAGAUGCAAGGACUACGAUACAUGGAAACACUGGAAAUAAAUGCAAGAAUAUCUUCUGUUCCAUUGGAUAUCAUUGAUCUCCCGGGCUUAUUGCAUCUAUCUCUUCGAGAUGAGAGAAAUCUACCUGAUGGGAUUGGCCGCAUCAGAUCUCUGCGUACACUACAGUAUUUUGACCUUGGCAAUAACUCUGAAGACAAUGUACUGAGCCUUUGUGGCUUGAUGAACCUGCAAUAUCUUCAUCUCACCUAUUCCACAGUGCAGUCUGAUGAGCAUCUGAAGAGAAACAUGGUAGCUUUGGCCUCUUCUGUUAUCAAGCUUGUUAACCUCAAAUCUGUCAUUCUGGCUCCUGGAGCUUUAAGCACAGCCAUUUACCAUGAUGUCUUGAGCAGCGUUUCCUCUCCUCCCGUCUUUCUUCAGGGUCUUCAGAGACUUGAUUUGUUGCCCCCAAUUUGCAUGUUUUCCAGGGUUCCCAAGGAUAUUGGAGCAGUUCGCAAACUUUGCUAUUUGAGUCUUGUGGUCCGUGAACUACGAAGGAAUGAUAUUGACAGCAUCACAGGAUUGCCUGCCCUCACUGUUCUUUCAUUGUAUGUCCGGCAACCCCCUGCAGAAAGCAUCAUCUUCAACAAUGGGGUGUUCCCUGCUCUCAAGUAUUUCAAAUACAUGUGCGGUGUACUGUGCCUGGUCUUCCAGGAAGGAGCAUUGCCCAAUGUUCAUAGGCUCAAGCUAGGUUUCAAUGCCCGCAAAGGACAGCAGUAUGAUGUUUUGCUUGCCGGCAUUCAGCACUUGAUAAACCUGAAGAAGAUUGAUGGAAUAAUUGGGGCAGCCAAGGGUGCUGAGGAACCCGACAGAGGUGCUGCAGAGUCUGCGUUCAAGGACACCAUUCACAAGCAUUCAAGGUUUCCUAGUUACGUCAACGUAAAAAGGGUAGAUUGGGUUGAGGAAGAGAACGAGCCAAGGACCGAAGUUAACAGCUCAUCAAGUAAAUGUCAUGAAAUUCUACAAGAACAGCGUGGGGUAAAUGAGACCGAGGAAGAUACAAAGCAGUUUGCUGAUAGCGGGGUGACAAAUCAGAUCAUGCAGGUGUCUCCUCAGCAUAUGGAUUUAUGCGCAGCCGAUACAAAGCUGACUAUGCCUAGUAAUAACAGAAUGUCAUUUCCUGAAAAGUUAGAUGAUAGUAUUGCAGCUGAAGCAGUGAGCUUUUCAUGUACUACAUCAUCUGGUUCGAGUCCAAAAUCAUCGUCAGCUCCAUCAUCUCAUCACUCUUUACCUGAAACAUAUACAUGGGAUCCGGAGGGAUCUCCUUGGUCAAGGGCAUUGAGCAGUCCUUCUCUUACGCCAAGGAAUACCAGUGCCCCUCAAUCAGCUAUGCAUCCGAUGUUAUCCCCAGAAGAUCAUAUUUCACGCACUGAAGGCACCUGGAGUACUGCAAUUCACCCCUUACCACUUCCUCCCAGUGCUAUAAGCCAAGUGAAAGCAACUCUCAGCAACCAACCCGCUCCAAAAGUUGAAAUGUCCUUAGUAGCUGGUCAAUGGGAAAAGAGAAAACUUAUAGGCAGUGGUACAUUUGGUGAUGUAUAUGAAGCUACCAACAGGCAUACUGGAGCUCUUUGUGCAGUGAAAGCGAUCAGUAUUCCUAAUGAUUCUAAAUCUGCUGAGUCCUUGAAGCAAUUAGAUCAGGAAAUAAAGCUUCUAAGCCAAUUUAAGCAUGAGAACAUAGUUCAGUAUUAUGGUAGCGAAACUAUAGAAGGCCACCUCUACAUUUACAUGGAGUAUGUUCAUCCUGGUUCAAUUAAUAAGUAUAUCCAACAACAUUGUGGAGCAAUAACAGAAUCGAUUGUCUGCAACUUCACUCACCAUAUUCUUAGGGGUUUAGCAUUUUUGCAUGGCCAAAAUAUUAUGCAUAGGGAUAUCAAAGGAGCAAAUGUGCUAAUUGAUGGUAACGGUGUUGUUAAAUUGGCUGACUUUGGAACGGCUAAGCAUUUAAGUACUGCAGCUCCUAAUCUUUCAUUGAAGGGAACACCAUACUGGAUGGCCCCAGAGAUGGUUCGGGCUACACUUGUUAAAGACGUAGGCUAUGAUUCUGCUGUUGAUAUAUGGAGUCUUGGUUGCACCAUUAUCGAGAUGUUCAAUGGAAAACCUCCUUGGAGCGAUUAUGAACGGAUUGCUGCAGUGUUCAACGUUAUGAAUAAGGACCCACCACUUCCUGACAAUUUAUCACAUGAGGCAAAGGAUUUUCUGGAAUGCUGUUUCAAGAGGAAUCCAGCAGCGAGGCCGAGCGCAAGCGAGUUGUUGACCCAUCCAUUUAUCAGGGAUUCAAGUCAUUGCAGCAAGCAUGUUCAAGAAGUCAUUAUUGCAGGCUGUGAGGAAGUCAUUCGAGCAAGCUGUGACACAUCCUUGACAAGGAAAACUACAACUAGUGGAGCAAAUGAUGCUAGGCCUUCCGAAUCAUUAGCUUCACGAUUAACUUCACAACCAGUCCAGAAUAUUCCUCCAAGUGCGAUCUCUCAUCCCAAAUCUAUUGUUAGCAACAGCAACGAGACAGGCUACGACUUAAGAGCCAUGAGAUCAUGAGCCCCAUUGCGCCCCAUUGCGCCCCAACAAUGAAAACUUCGCUGACAUCUGUCUACCAAAGCCUUUUCUUGUUCUACCAGGGAGAGAUUCUCUCCAGCAAGCCACCAAUCUCCCAAAUAGUUUAUGGAAGGAGUUCACGAUGAUUCUGCUCUACAGUUUUGUUUCAGAAUUACUGAUGAUGCAUGCUUGUAAUGUAUGUUUAAUAUGUGGCUUUGUUUGCCUGCCUGCUAGGUGCUAGAUGCUUCAGUCAUUCCGGACAUAUGCUUGAUAAGAUUUCUCAAUCAUUGCUGAUUGCCUGUCAUAUUUUGAUGAGAUGUCUCGGUUAUCUCAAAAAUUGAAGAGGUUUACUGCGUCA